AUGGAUAAGUCGGAAUAAUUAUAUUCUCAGCUAACUGAUUAAGGAGAAGAAUCCAACAUUCUGAUAUGUACUCAAGACCCAAUAACUUUGUAUAAUAAAUUUAUUAAAGUGUAUAAUUUAGAUGAUAACAAAGUUGAUGGAAUAACUUUAUAAUAUAUGAAAUAAAGUAAAGUUGUUCAAUUCGUUCAUAAUUAUGUAAGAAAUAAUUUGGGAAGAGUAGUCUUUUUUUUAAUUCUGAUUUUACUUCCUAUCAUCAAUCUAUUUUAUUAUCUCUUCCUUUUAGCUGCCUGGUUUAGAUUAAUCUAAAAUUAUUCGAUAUUCUAAUAAAAUAUAGGUUAGGUUUUGGAUCCAUUUGCAAAUAUGGUUGAAAAUUCAGACCUUUGCGAAAUGAUGAAAAAAAAUUAUGUCCUCUUUGAUAUGGAGAUUAAAGAAAAUGAAGGCUUACACUUUUCCACUAAAGUUAAAGAAAUGAUUAAAAAUAGAUCUAAUGGAAACAAUAAAAUUAAAUAUACAAUCUAUAAUUAAAUAUUAAAGGAAUAAUUUUAUGGAUAUCCUAAUUCAAGAAUCACAUAUUUAAAAUGGAUUAUAGUCUCCACUCUAAUCAUAGCAGUUCAAUUAACAUUAAUAAUAAUAUACUUUUCUAAGAUUUGA